AUGUUCAAGCUCCGAAGCGCCAACAAGAGUGCUUUUGAAAAAGGGAUCAAACUGUCCAAGUUUUGCGCAACGCAUUGUCAGGCAAUCCGGGCAGCGCGAGGUCUUGACUAUGAUUUCAUCUGGAUCGACGCGCUUUGCAUCAUGCAGGAUGAUAUUCAAGACUGGGCAGCGCAGGCAUCGGAAGUGCCUGAGAUAUAUAACAACGCUGAUCUCACCAUCGUGGCUGGAAGGAGCAACGACGCGGAAAAGGGAUUCUUCAAAUCCGAAUACAUACUCGCCAAUUCAUAUAUCCAGCUCCCAUAUCGAUGCAGUGAGAACUCUAGCCCAACCAAUUGCUAG